AUGACUACAUACACAACAAACCACGCCCCCUCCGUCCUAAAAACACACAGCUGGCGCACCGCCCAAAACUCCGCCCCCCAUCUCCUUCCCCACCUCAAGCCGGGCCUCAAAGUCCUCGACGUGGGUUGCGGGCCGGGAAGCAUCACAGUUGACCUCGCUCAACUCGUUGCCGGUAAUCCCAACGGACAUGUCACUGGUAUUGAAUAUGUACCUGACCCGCUGGACGAGGCUCGCGCUCUUGCAAAGGCUAGAGGGUUAGAUGCGAAUGUGGACUUCCGCGUUGGAGAUGUGCACGCGCUGGAAUUCGAUGAUGAGUCCUUUGAUGUUGUGCAUGUGCAUCAGGUGCUACAGCAUAUCGCGGACCCCGUGCAAGCGCUGCGUGAGAUGCGGCGGGUUGUGAAGAAGGGGGGUGUUGUUUCUGUGCGCGAGUCGGAUUCGAUGUCGUGGUAUCCUGAGAAUGCAGGGAUAGCUGGCUGGCUUGAGUUGACGGGGAAAAUGGGCAGAGCUAAAAGGGGGCAUCCGCAUCCUGGACGGUAUAUCCAUGUUUGGGCUGUUGAGGCGGGGUUUCAGAGAGAGAGGAUUGAGAGGAGUGCGGGGACGUGGUGUUUUAGUACCCCUGAGGAAAGAGAGUACUGGGGGGAGUCGAUGGCGAAGAGGAUGGAGAGUUCUGGGCUGAGUGAGGGGGCUGUGGAUGGGGGGUUUGCGAGGAAGGAGGAUCUUGAGGGUAUUGCCAGGGGGUGGAGGGAGUGGGUGAGGGAGGAGAAUGGCUGGUUUGGCCUGAUGCAUGGCCAGAUUUUGUGUUGGAGGUAG